UUAUAACCAGCAGAAUAUGGAUAUUGCAAACCGGUUACAUGUAACAAACUGUGUUAGAGGUUAAUGGUCUGACAGACAGAAAUACAAAUGAUUGAUAUAUUAUGAAGUUAGAAUAAAGACACCGGUGAAUAGUGAAAGAACAGACAGGUGAUUGGUCAAUAUGAAUUACAGCAGACGCGUUAAACAGACCGCCAUGUGUCACAAAGUUUCAAGUUACACAAUUAGCAUGUUUAUUCAACCAAGGCAAAGUUAAUUCGAAAUGCAGGCUGUCAUUAUGGAUGCCAGUUAUGGCACUGGGAUGAACGGACCUGCUGCAGUAUUGCCAGAUCCCGAUCUACUGGAGAAUGGGAAGCAUGAAAAUCGACGAUCAUCACAGGAUUCUUUCAUGGAGUAUGCCUCUAGAAAUAUUCGUCAGACAAACAAUGCUCAGUUAAACAGACGAGCAGACAGACAUCAUUCAAAGCGUAUGAGGCGACGCUUAGUUUAUAAAAAUGGAGAUGUUAAUAUUACUCAGACAAAUAUACGAAAACGUAGACGAAGAUAUUUAGCUGAUAUUUUUACUACUUUAGUUGACAUAAAAUGGAGAUAUAAUCUUAUGCUGUUUGCCUUAGCUUUUACAUUAAGUUGGUUAAUAUUCGGUUUGAUUUGGUGGUUAGUGUGUUUCUCACAUGGUGAUUUAGAACAUGCAGGAGAAAAAGAUUGGAAACCCUGUGUUAAAGAGAUUUACACUUUCACAUCAGCGCUUUUAUUUUCUAUAGAAACCCAACAUACAAUAGGUUAUGGUUCUCGACAUACAACAGAAGAAUGCCCGGAAGCUAUUGUGUUAAUGAUGUUUCAAUCAUGCUUUGGUGUGAUAUGUCAAGCCUUAAUGACUGGUAUAGUGUUUGCUAAGCUCUCUAGACCCAAAAAACGAGCGGAAACGCUUAUGUUUAGCAAAAAUGCAUGCAUAUGUAAGCAAGAUGGUGAUCUAUGUUUAUUAUUUCGUGUUGGUGAUAUGCGAAAAUCACAAAUAGUAGAAGCACAUAUCAGAGCAGUAUUAAUAAAAAAGAAAAUAACUAAAGAAGGGGAGAUCUUACCUCUAUAUCAGUUUGACGUCGAUCUAGGUUUUGAUGAAGGUCGCGAUCGUUUGUUUUUAGUAUGGCCAGUGAUAAUAGUCCAUAAAAUAGAUGAAACCAGUCCAUUCUGGGAAUUAUCUCCUGAAGAUUUACAUCGAGAACAAUUUGAACUCAUAGUUAUUCUAGAAGGUAUUGUAGAAUCUACUGGAAUGACAACACAAGCUAGAAGUUCUUAUCUUCCAGGCGAGGUUCUGUGGGGACAUCGAUUUGAACGUCUAGUGACAUUUCAGAAAGAAGACGGACAAUACCAAAUAGACUUUUCACGUUUCCAUAAUGCCAUUCCAAUAGAUACCCCAUCUUGCAGUGCUAAAGAACUGGCAGAAAUGACUGCUAACGGGAAUUGUCCUGAAAACACUUAUAUAGAUGAAGACAAUGCGUCUAUUGUUUCUAAAUCUGAGCGUUUCCCAAGUCCUUAUAUAGUUAAACGACAUGGAGUAGCGCAAACUGAUUUUUACGAUGAUGAUCUAGAUUCUCCUCAGAAUUCUUCCUUACAGAGAAGUGUGAGUACUGAUUUAGGAUCAAGAGAUGAAUCUGAAACACUUCUAUGACUAUCUUGAGGAGACCAAGAACAUGAUGAAAACUGACAUUGUGUUUUACGGUUUCCAUAUUUAGCAGAAGUGAAUAGCUGUUAGUGAUAAAAUUCUGGUUUCCAAUAACUACCAAUCCACAGAACAAGAAAAAAAAAAUAAAGACAGUCGCAGUUGAUUGAGAUAAACGCUGCUCUGUUUCCGUUCAAAGACCAAAACAAAUUUUAUCUCCAUGACAUAUAUAUUAAACCUGGAGAGUUAUACACAUGUUUUAUGUAGCCGUUUUUUUUUUCUUUCAAUUUUUUUAAACAGUCGUUUUCUUUCCCAAUAUAUACGAAAAAGCACAAAUUAUGACGAUAGACAGCAAGUUAUAAAAUAGAAUUGAAAUGGAAGGAUUCCAUUUAAUUUAAAUAUGCAUUGUGCCAGAUUUAGAUAAAAGAGCUGGCUGUGCUUGCUAUAUUAGUUUUAAAAUAGAUAAUGAAAAAUGAAUACGUUUAUAUUGAAAAUUACUUUAUUCUGAGCGAAGUUAUGAAAAGAAAUAGCUUAAAUAGUCUUGAUUUCUAGUACUUUAAUCAGCAGUCAUUAUGAGCGGCGUCCAUAUUAAUGUUCUAUUGAAGAUAUGGUGAACAAUAUCUUAGCCAUCCGUUGGUAGGAGAGUAUGGACGUGUUAUGUGAAUAAAUGUCUAAAUAAUAAUUAAUAUAACAUUUGAAGCCAGAAAAAAGACCUGCAAUAGGCAGAUUUAGCUCAUAUGCUGUCACUCAGAAAUAUUUUAGAAGUAUUAUUUUUAUACGGAUAGUUUCACACUCAACUACAUUUGGCUUAUUUGGAGAAUUAAUGAGCUGUUGUUAUAAAGAAAAUAUUAUGUUCUAAUUAAUGGAAUAUUUGACAAAGAAGAAGAUUAUAUUUUUUUAGACCUAUCUGUUGUUAAUGCACGUCACUCCUGACAUUUGACCGAUAGUAAAAUUCAUCAUUUUCGUUUGUAUUCAGAUGUUCAAACUAAUGGAAAUUUUUAUCAAUAAAUCACUAUUACCAUCACGUUCGUGUGUAUGGGACGUGAAAUAUCUAGUAAAUAAUUUACAUUUUGUGAAUACAUUUAGCUUUUAGUCAUGACAAUUUAUAGGAAAAAUAGACAUCUUUAUUAAGUAUGUAUACAUAUGACACAAGAAAAAUAAAGGCUUAUUAACAUAAAUACUUCAUAUAUUUGAAGGUGAGACAAAUAAUUUAUGAAGCGAAAAUGACUUCAUUUAAUAAACACCACAGGAUCCUAGCUCCAAUAUAUCAUACACCCCAUGUCCAGAGAAUAAUAAUUUUUAAAAUGAUGGUAUAAUUCUGGAAUUUCAGUUUAUUGUUAAGUUGAAUUUGUUAGCAUCUAUAAGUUUAAUAUUAGAAUAAUGAAUUAUUUUAUUAUAUAAAUUACUUACAAUUUAAAUACCUGGGUUGGGGGAUGACAGAUAACUUAUGAUGUGAAUAUGACUUAAUUUAAUGAACACCAGGGGGUCCUGGCACUAUUAUAUUCAGUAUA